UCUCAUUAGCAUACGCAUCUCUGCCCUGGGCGCGGAGCUGCCGCGGCCGCAGGACAGAGAUCCGGGAGGGGCGGGAGCGCCAGCGGAGCCCCUGGGGCCGACCCGGGAUCGCCGCCGGCACGGCCUCCCCAGAGCUCUGCUUGCACGGCUGAGAUGAGCGGUGGCGAGCAGCGCUGCGGGCUGUGCACAGGGCAGGCGGACGGCGGAGGGCUGACUUCCCGCUGAGGCAGCCCCGGGGCUGCGCCGGACGGAGGAGCCCCUUUAUUUUGAAUUUUUUGUCGUUGUUGUUUUUGGUGGGUUUUUAUACGUAUUCUCAGCAGCCGGCCAGGCUCGGUAGGCGGAGGGCGCCAGCGCAGAGUCGCAGGCCGAGCCGGGCUGGGGGGGCUGGGCGGCCGGCGGGGUCGGCGAUGCGGUGCCUCGCUCUGCUUGGCCUCGUCGCCUGGGGCCUGGGGAGCUGGGCCGGACACAGCGGCGGAGCGUCCCCCCCGCCCUGCCCGGCCCCUUGCAGCUGCGACGGCGACCGCGGCGUGGACUGCUCCGGGCGGGGGCUUGCGGCCGUGCCUCCGGGACUCAGCGCCUUCACGCACGCACUAGAUAUCAGCAUGAAUAACAUCACAAGACUACCAGAAGAUGCCUUCAAGAACUUUCCCUACUUGGAAGAGCUGCGACUGGCUGGCAAUGACCUUACUUUUAUCCAUCCAAAGGCCUUGUCCGGGUUGAAAGAACUCAAAGUUCUAACCCUCCAGAACAAUCAGCUGAAGACCGUACCUAAUGAGGCCAUCAGAGGAUUGAGCAGCUUGCAGUCCUUGCGUUUAGAUGCUAACCAUAUCACUGCCAUCCCAGAGGACAGCUUUGAGGGGCUGCCGCAGCUGCGGCACCUCUGGCUGGAUGACAACAGCUUGACAGAAGUUCCCAUCUCUCCGCUCAGCAAUCUCCCCUCCCUGCAAGCCUUGACACUGGCUCUCAACAGGAUAACUCACAUUCCUGACUAUGCAUUCACCAACCUUUCCAGCCUGGUUGUUCUACAUCUUCAUAAUAAUAAAAUAAAAACUAUAGGAAAACACUGUUUUGAUGGAUUAGACAACCUUGAAACCUUGGAUUUAAAUUAUAAUAACAUGGUAGAGUUCCCUGAAGCCAUAAAAGCACUUCCAAGUCUAAAGGAGUUGGGAUUUCACAGUAAUUACAUUUCCAUAAUUCCUGAUGGUGCAUUUGCAGGAAACCCCCUUCUGAGAACGAUACAUUUGUAUGAUAAUCCUUUGUCUUUUGUGGGGAACUCAGCAUUUCAGAAUCUGUCAGAUCUGCAUUCCCUGGUCAUUCGGGGUGCCAGCAUGGUGCAGUGGUUUCCUAAUUUGACAGGAACCGUAAAUCUGGAGAGCUUAACUCUUACAGGAACCAAGAUAAACAGUAUUCCUGUUACUUUAUGCCAAGAGCAAAAGGUGCUUCGAACUUUGGACUUGUCUUAUAACAAUAUAAAGGACCUCCCAAGUUUUAAGGGCUGCCACACCUUGGAAGAAAUUUCCUUACAGCAUAAUCAAAUCCAUGAAAUUGCAGAGGACACCUUUCAAGGACUAUCUUCCCUUCGUGUCCUGGACCUCAGUAGAAAUCGGAUCCAUCAGAUCCACAAGGGAGCUUUCAUCACUGUUGGAGCGCUUCUUAACCUAGACCUGAGUUUCAACGAGCUCAGUUCAGUUCCAGCUGAAGGAUUGAGUGGACUGAACCAGCUGAAACUCACAGGCAAUUCUGAACUGAAAGAAGCUUUGGCAGCCAAGAACUUUGCCAAGCUGCGGUUACUCUCUGUACCAUAUGCUUAUCAGUGCUGUGCAUUUUGGGGUUGUGAUUCUUAUCUACACUCCAAUGCUGAAGAUUCCAGUCACCAAGAUCAAGGUGCCUUGAUGGAUCAUGAGAAGGCUAAUGCAGAUACUCUAAGAAAUGAGAAAAAUGAGGAAUUAGGACAGACUGUUAUUCACUGUACACCAGCAACAGGUGCUUUUAAGCCGUGUGAAUAUUUAUUGGGCAGCUGGAUGAUUCGCCUUACUGUCUGGUUUAUUUUUUUGGUCGCUUUGUUCUUCAACCUGCUUGUCAUGUUAACAAUAUUUGCAUCCUGUACUACAUUGCCAUCUUCCAAACUGUUUAUAGGCCUAAUUUCUGUCUCUAACUUAUUUAUGGGAGUCUAUACUGGUAUUUUAACUUUCUUGGAUGCUGUAUCUUGGGGAAGAUUUGCUGAAUUUGGCAUAUGGUGGGAGACUGGCAGUGGUUGCAGAAUUGCUGGGUUUCUUGCAGUUUUUUCCUCAGAAAGUGCCAUUAUUUUCCUGAUGUUGGCAGCUGUUGAACGGAGCUUGUCUGCAAAGGAGUUUAUUAAAAAGGGGAAAAGCAACCGCCAAAAACAAUUUCAAAUUGCAGCAUUUUUUGCUUUCCUGUGUGCUCUGGUAGCGGGCUGCUUACCCCUUUUUUAUAAAGCAGAGUACUCAGCAUCACCCCUUUGCUUGCCCUUCCCCACUGGAGAAACACCUUUGUUAGGUUUCACAGUAACUCUAGUGCUGCUGAAUUCUCUUGCGUUUUUGCUGAUGGCUGUUAUCUACACUAAACUCUAUUGCAACUUGGAGAAGGAGGAUCUCUCCGAGAACUCCCAGUCCAGCACAAUUAAGCAUGUUGCUUGGCUGAUCUUCACCAACUGCAUCUUCUUCUGUCCUGUUGCAUUCUUUUCCUUUGCACCGUUGAUCACGGCGAUUUCUAUCAGCCCUGAAAUCAUGAAGUCUGUCACUUUGAUAUUUUUCCCACUGCCUGCUUGCCUGAACCCAGUCCUGUAUGUGUUCUUCAACCCGAAGUUCAAGGAAGACUGGAAGCUGCUCAGGCGCCACCUUAGCAGGAGGAAUGGGGCAGUGGCGAUUGCUGUCAGUGCCCAAGGGGACGUGGCACAGGACUUUUACUACGACUGCAGCAUUUACUCUCACUUGCAGGGCGGUAGUGUUGCUCUCUGUGAGUGUUGUGAGUCACUGCUGCUGUCCAAGCCCGUGCCCUGUAAACAUUUAAUGAAGUCCCACAGCUGUCCCGCACUGGCAGUGGUGCCGUGCCAAAGGCUGGAUGGCUACUGGUCAGACUGUGGCACACAGUCGGCCCACUCAGACUACGUGGACGAGGACGACUCCUUCGUGUCGGACAGCUCAGACCAAGUGCAGGCCUGCGGCCGUGCCUGCUUCUACCAAAGCAGGGGCUUCCCUUUAGUGCGUUACGCCUACAACAUACCAAGAAUUAAAGACUGAGAAGGCUUUCUGCCCUCAGCUGUUCCAAUAAAGAGGUAUUGUGUUUCGCAGACUGUCACCUGUUUUGACCUUUCAAGCAGGAAGCACUUUUGUAAUUGUUAUUUAGUGUCAUUUGUAAAGAAGGGAAGUGGGCGGUAACUUCUUGAGCCAUACAUUUUUUAAAAUAUUAAAUAAAUCAAUUGCCCUGACUGUAAAUAAUUGGUAAACCAAAAUUGUUACCAAAUAUUUUUACUCUUUUCACACAAUAGUGGUUUCUUUUAUACAGUUUUUACAUGCUCAUAGUGUGUUUCCACAUAAUACUGCAGCUGUACUUUGCUUCUUCUAGUGAUGAGGUAAGUUCUGGUGAUUUUUUUUCCCCCCUGAGAAAGCACAAUAUAAAGGACAGCUGUUUAUUAUUAUAAAAAUUAUUUUUAAAUGUGACUUUUCUACAGUUAAGCAAAAAAAUGUAUUGCUAGCUUUGUAUAGUAUGUUCAGCAUUGAAUCUCAGGAUGCAUUUUAUUGCAGGGCCAUAAAAGGGAUUAAUUCUCCCAUAUGUAACUGUGACAGCAAUAUCAGAAUACUGUGUUUGUUUUGUAUUUUAGGUAAUGUUCAAUUUAGGAAAAAAAAAAGUUUGUUGCAGUAAAGUACUUGUAAUCCAAUAUUCUGUACAUUUAUUGGAAUAAGAAUAUUAACAGCUGUCAGGAACAGUAGGGUUUAACACAUUUUUCCAGUGAUGGCUCAUCACUUCAGGUGAACCACAGCAAUUUUGUUCAGUAUUAUGAGUCGAGUCACAGCAUUGGCAGGAGUGAGGGGGUGUGGGGUGACAGCAGAGCUGCCCCUGUACACAGCUCGUGUCUGUGCCAUCAGGCUGCCAGUGCUCUGCAGCCUGCUCAGCGUCACAGCACUCCAGGAAUACCUAUGAUAGACUGAGACUUCAGGAAAUGGAGGGAAUAUGCAGUGCAAUUUGGCACUGAAAAAGAAAGCAUGUUUCCAAUAUACUUUACUGACAGUGAAGUACACUGCGCAAAGUCACUGAUUUUCACCUAAAUCAGUGCAAGCUUUUUAAAGCAUUAAAGUUCUGAGACCCAAAUGAAUUAAGUACAACCAGCGAUCAAUUUUUUAUAUUUAGUUUGAAAUAUGAGCAAUACAAAUUUAAUAAUGCAUUAUUAAGUAAUUAUGUAAGAUUUUGGACGAUAUACUAGAUCAAGAGUAAAUCCACAGCCAUCCCAGUUACUCUGGAGAAAUUCUUCUUAAGAUCUAAAGCUAGAUUGCUGUUUUGAGAAUUAAACUGUACAUACUGUUCAUACAAUGAAUUUUUAUCUUUGUAUUGUAAGUUAUUUGAUAGAACCCAUGAUGGGAAAUGUGGCUUCAGUUCAUUUUCUUAAUUAAAGCUACCUCCUGAACAAUAGUGGCUGCCAGUAGCAGAAUGUUUAAAAUGUGGUUUAUGUACUUUUUUCAUUGUAAAUAGAUGUGGUUGUAUAUUGUCACUAUAAUAAAAACAGGAUCCUUGUAUAUCAAAAUCAUGUAGUUUGUACAAAGUAUGGAGGAAUAUUUACUGUAUGCUGUUAAUUUUGUAAGCCAAAAAUAUUCAAGUGUAAAAAGGGAAGAAAACCAUGCAAGAGUUGUUAAUUCUUAUAUUUACACUCAUGAAUAUUGCAUCUUCAAUUAGCAUGGAAUGUUACACUAAAGCAAAUAAAGGGUACAUGAAUACUU